AUCUAGGUAAAACCGACUGCUGGUGUGCGUCGUCAGUAAAACUUGGACCCAGUUGGGUAGGAAUUCUACAUAAAAUGAACAUGCAUUCUUACCGUGCUGUUCUGCCACUCCAUGACGUCACGCACGGACCGAUUCACACCAUUGGUGUGGGCAAUAGAAUAUGCACAUUAUGUUUGAUAGACAGGCAAACGCAAACGAGACCCAUAACCCAUAACGUCUAAGUAGGCUUUUAACCUUAUGGCCCGCGCCCGUAACCUCAAGUGCAGAAGGCAUCAUCGCAGGGCAGAGUGUGUUUUGGGGUCCUUACAGUCCUGCGUCGAUUCGUAUGAGUUACUCGCAGACAUUACAUUACGGUAUAUCCUGGUGUGCAUUAUGGGUGCCACACUUCACAUACUGUUGUCUCGUGGUCGUUUGCCAUUGCCAUCAUCGGGUGGUAAUGGCGCUAUGAGUGUGCGAUGUGUGUGCGGUUUUGCGCCACCUUUGCUUCUUGCUCCAUCAUCUUCCAUCAUUCCAUCUCUUGAACCACCAAAGGUGGUCGUCUUCCUAGAGCCCCUGCUCGUAAGUACACCUUAUGCAUAUUCUUGCCGUACUCUGCCGCUCUGUCCGCUUUACAGUAAUAGCACUGUAGGGUCCUGUAGGGGUACAACCAAAAAACCCGGUGAGUUGCCUUAGGUGAGAUUUCAAUCUGCUUCAACGCUUCAGUAACCUGUACCUAUUCGAUCCUGACGGAUCUGGUGCAUGCCCCUUAAGGUGUUCUGUUGCGUGGUGGGCGCAUAUUGGUUUUAUCGACCUUUACCUCCGGAAAACUCACAUACACACAAACACACACACACACAUUAUGAAUCCGGAUGCGUGUGAUCCGCUUGCUCAUACGAGCAUGUACCAACGUGCGGAAGAAGGUGUUACUAAAAAGUGUUUUAAGCCUCGUUUUUUUAAUUCCAUAAACUUUUGCAGUGUUCUAAUGUAUGUCUGUGUUAUUUUUCUUUUCUGCACCCACAGAUAGUGACGAUAGUGAUGGAGAGGGAGGUCUAGGGAAUGUGAGCCGUGUAAUUGUUCGACCACCAGGACACAGUGGAAAGGCCAAACGUGGCCACCUGUGUUUCGAUGCAGCCUUCGAAACCGGUAACCUGGGGCGGGUCGAUUUGGUCGGAGAGUUCGAGUAUGAUCUGUUUCUGCGACCGGACACGUGCAAUCCGCGAUAUCGUUUUUGGUUCAACUUUACCGUGGACAACGUGAAACAGGACCAGCGGGUUAUAUUCAACAUCGUCAACAUGAACAAAAGCCGAAACCUGUUUAAGGAUGGCAUGACGCCGCUAGUCAAAUCGACCAGCCGUCCCAAGUGGCAACGAUUGCCCCGGUGCGAGGUGUUCUACUACAAAUCGCCAGUACAUCAGAACCAUUAUGUGUUGAGCUUUGCCUUCGGGUUUGACAAGGAAGAUGAGGUGUAUCAGUUCGCACUGACCUUUCCAUAUUCGUACUCCAAGAUGCAGGCAUACCUGAAUGCGGUUGAGCUGAAGUUCCCGGAUACCUUCGAACGGUCAACGUUGGGAAUGAGCAUUCAAAAUCGUAAACUGGAAUUGAUCACCUUCGACGAUGUGAAGAAACCGGACAAGAUGGACCCGAAGAAUGUGAUCCAUAUGGUUGUGAUUUUGGCCCGUAUACAUCCGGGUGAGUCACCGGCAUCGUACGUGGUGCAAGGUUUGAUCGAAUUUCUGGCCGCCGCAAAUCAACCCAUCUCGAAGGCACUGCGAGAACACGUGGUGUUCAAAAUCGUCCCGAUGCUCAAUCCGGACGGUGUGUUUCUCGGCAAUAAUCGGUGCAAUGUGAUCGGUCACGAUCUGAACCGUUCGUGGAAUAAGCUGUCCCAGUACACGCAUCCAACCCUGUCGGCUGUGAUGAAGAUGCUGAAGGAGUAUGAUAAUUCAAGUUGUUACCAAGUCGAUUUUGUGAUCGAUCUUCAUGCUCAUUCGAGUCUGACCGGAACGUUCAUCUAUGGCAGCACGUACGACAACGUGUAUCGGUACGAGCGUCAUCUAGUCUUUCCGAAGCUGUUCGCUACUAAGUGCGAGGACUUUUGCCAGGAACACAUGAUGUUUAAUGCGGAUGAUCGCAAGUCUGGUACGGCUCGGCGAUACUUUGUCGAAGCGCUUAGCGACAACGUCAACACGUACACGCUGGAGGUGUCAAUGUGCGGGUACUUUCUGAACGGUACCAACAUUCUUACCCAGUACACGGAAGAUGGAUGUAUGUGCCAGAACUUAUCAAAAAUUCGGUUAUGUAUUGUUCUCACCCUUGAUCGCUUGGUUUCAGAUAUGCGAAUCGGACGAAACUUGGCCCGUACAUUCCUGGAGUAUUAUCGGUUCACCAACAUUCUGCCCAUUCCUCCCGUCGAUGAGUUACGGCCCCGGAAGGGUCGUCCUAGGACACAUCGGCCACGGGCCCGUUCGAAAACACGCAGCGAGGUACGAGUCCGGCCUAAAACGACUCGUGCUUACGCUCCGAUCAGCUACACGGAUCUGUCCAUCUGCUACGAUAGUGCCACUUCUGAGGACGGUUCCCCGGUACGGUAUAUGUACGGGCAGGGUAACGCAGGAUAUGGUGGGUUCCGGAUGCGUCCACUCAUCCAUCAGGAUCAAUUUUCGCUCUCCAACAUUCAGGCAGCACGAUUCAGCAAUCUCGACUUUACGAGCGAUUUUCGGCUAAAGGUACCGAAAGCGAAAGGAACCUCACAGGAACCGAAAAUGCCACCGAUCGAAAUGUUGAACGUACCGCCAAAGCCACACCUAACGAUUAUCGACUUUAAUCAGCUUACGCGCGGUGGCCUGGAUGAGGCAACUUCGGGCAAAACGAUCGAGCGCGAAAAGGAAAAGAUCCGACGACACACGACACACAAAUCGUCGUCACGGAAAGCCUAA